UGCUGCUUACCCGGAGCGCCAGGACCAGAUGGGCCACCAGGUAAACCAGGAGCGCCAGGACGUCCAGGUGCACCAGGUGCACCAGGCUUCCCCGGAAGGCCACCUCGUAUCUGCGAAGAGCUCCAGCCACCGCCAUGUAGACCAUGUCCGCCAGGACCUCCUGGACCACCUGGACCCGGAGGAGAUAAAGGAUAUCAAUAAAAUUUUCCUUUAA